AUGGCGAGCCUCUUCAAGGUGAAGGCGCUGUACGACUUCGAAGCAAAGGAGGAGGAUGAUCUCGGCUUCCCAGGAGGACAAAUUAUCGAUGUGACCGAAGUUGUAGACGACAACUGGCUGGAAGGCAAAUAUACGGAUACCGAUGGGAACAUUCAGUCUGGUAUCUUCCCUCGCGAAUUCGUGGAGAAAUAUGAGCCGCCGUUGCCAGCGCGACCCACUCGGCCAGCACGAAAGCAAGAGACAGGAACACCACAGCCUCCGCAGAACAUUUCGAAUCAGACCGAAGAAAAGGAGGUAGACGGCGAAGAGACGGAAGCACCGGCACCCGUCUCAGCACUGCCGGCAACUGCAUCACUUCCGACAAGAAGCACAGAAGAUGCACGGCCAUCGAACCCAAGAACAACCUCACAAGCAAGAGAGCCUCCCACAGCGGCGGCUCCAGUAGCCACACAGAGAUCUGUUCCAGAUGAACCAGCUGCGAGCACGACCGCAGCUAAGAAACCUCCACCGGUCGCAGCAAAAUCUAACGCUUUCAAGGAUAGAAUUGCGGCGUUCAAUCAGAGUGCAGCCCAGCCACUAGUCCCGAUGAUGCCUGGAAAGCCUCGCGCGAAUGACUUCAUCAAGAAACCGUUUGUUGCGCCGCCACCUAGCGCUUCGGCGUACGUGCCGCCGCCAAAGAUCGAGCCUGUCGUCAGGCCAUACCACCGAGAGGAGGAUCCUGAGAUCAUUAGAAAACAAGAAGAGAAUCAUGCAGCUGCCGAAGCAGCUGGUUUGACCAAUGAUGGCCCGACUGAAGGUGAAGAUGUACCGAAACCGACAAGUUUGAAAGAGAGGAUUGCUCUGCUACAACAACAGCAGUUGGAACAAGCGCAGAGGCUAAGCUCGAAGCCGACCAAGAAAGCGCCAGUGAAAAAGCAGUCCGAAAGUUCAGAGUAUGAUCAGGCUAACGAGGAAGAUGAGGCUCUGGCGGAACAGUUUCGGAGCAGGGAGCCGACAAAGAGACAGUCUGUGGAUAUCGCUCGUGAACGACCUCGAAUUCCCUCGGCACAACGCCGGCCAGCUGACAACAUCGCAUCCUUACCAGUUCCUGAACAUGACAUCGUCAGUGACGGAAAUGAGGCAGAUCAAUCCGCUGCUGGCGAGACUACUGAGGAUGAUGCAGACACAAUCGGACCUCAAGAUGACGAUGACGACGACCGGGAGGUGCCCGCACCGUUGUCUGCUUUGCGCGCACCUGGUGCACCUAAGCAUGAAGCAGACGUUGGCGAAGAGGAGGGCGCAGUGGAGACCGGUGAUGAGGAACAGGAUGAGGAGGAAGAAAUCGACGAGGAGACCCGCCGCAAAAUGGAGCUCCGAGAGCGGAUGGCCAAGAUGAGUGGUGGGUUUGGCAUGCCCGGCAUGAUAAAUCCUCUUGCUGGUUUACCCAGGCGAGCUCCACCCCCAAAGAAGACUUCCACGAACUCAACCGAGGAUGCCGCGAUGUCAUCUCCGCCAUUGCCGCAACACCAUCCACGCAUUCCCGUAAUGCCUAUUCCGGAAUUGCCAAAAGUGGCCAGUCCUCAGCCCGAAGAUCCCGAAGACGAAGAAGAUGAAGAGCAAGGAAAUCAGAUUCCGCUUCCGAUACGACGCUCAAUGGCUGAAGAGCGCCCUGGUGCGCCACCAGUGCCUAGAGGUAAGAGAUCCGAGACUGACAUGGAUGCUAACAAAAUUGCUGACAAUUUGCUAGAUUCCCGGCCGCCACCCGUACCACAACGCGAUCUCAGUUCACCGCCUGCUGUCUCUGCUCCCAAUUUGCCGUCCGGUGCGGGAACACUACCAGAGGCUAGGCCGGUUCCUCCUCCGCCACAGGCCGCAAUUUCACCCGGACCGGGAUCUGAGUCAGAUGAUGAGGCUUCAAUUCAUGCUACUUCCGUCGCUGACGGUCUCGUGGCGUUACCUCCAAGGCCGCCCUCGAACAGGAUGGCCCCGCCGAACACCAAUGAAGUUGGCACAUCGGUGUCUGAGAAGAGGGCGAGCCGGGUGCCUCCUCCGAUCCCAAGCGGCGCGCAAGCAGCAGUCUCGCGCCCACCACCACCACCGCCACCAGGCACCCUCAGUCGUCGCACUACAGACCUUUCGCUCGCAGAAGAGCAAGGGAGGGGUGAGAGCGACUAUGAGGGUGAUUACGAUACUGAUAUCGCCUCGGGUGCAAACCAUAAAGAAGCACUCAAGGCGCACCUGCGGGAAUCAAGUAUUGAUGAUGGUAGCACAGUUGCAGACGAGCCGCUCAGCUCGCCAAUCCUGUCGCCUCGUGCUGUACCACCGCCUCCUCCACCACACGAUACCCGUAAAUCCGUCGACGUCACGCGAGCGCCGCCCCCAAUCCCUCCCUCAAGGGCUGAUGAUUAUGAUCCCUAUCGCGCCGAUGAGAUCCGAUCUCCACCGCCUGUUCCGACCUCUGCACCUACCGCACCACCGCCGCCACCACGGUCCUAUGAGCGACAAGGCUCUGUCUCAGCUCGAGCUGCUGCCCGGCAAUCCUUAGACGCCAAUCGCACACUCACGGCAGCUUCAUUGGCUCCAGAGGCAGCUAGUCCAGGCGGUAGGACAUCGCUUGAUGUCUCGCGCUCCGCCACUGUGCGGCGGUCCGGCGAGCAGUCUAGACCAUCGUUCGAGGGCUCCUCCAUCGCCGCAGAAAUUCCUCUCGAUGAGGAUACGCCGUGGUGGACAGCGUCACAGCCUCUGCCGCCCGUGCUGCAACCUCGUCGUAACAUUGAUAUUCUGACGGAGAUGGAAGAAUCCACUGCGACGAAACGCGGAGGCCAAUCUGUCGUGACGAAAAACAUCUAUAUCCUCUUCUCGGAUUACAGCGAGACCACCAUUUCUGCGAAAUACGAUCCUCGAGCACCACUCGAGUGCGAGUUGCAGCAGGACCAUAAGGCGGCUCCGGCGAGAGCUCGCCAGGACCAACUUGAGUCGUACUGGCAACGCUUCGGUCGUAGCAUCGCCGAUAAGGCUGAUGCGCUCGCACAUGGCGGCAAGAAAGAUGCAGCUGUCGCUGGAGAUGGAACCCCUACUGGGUUCGUCGCCGAGCUCAUCAAAGCGCAUACCGACGCUCUCCAACCCGUGGGCGUGAAGAGUUACGGCGCCUUGGUAUACGCCAAUCUCGGCAAUGCCACCACUCAACAAUUCGAUGAGAUCCGCCCCGGUGACAUCGUCACCCUCCGCAGCGCCAAGUUCGAGGGCCACCAUGGCGCCAUGAAGACGAAAUACCGCCAGGAGUACGGCGCCAGCCACGUUGCUGUCGUCGAGGAAUGGGAUGGUACCAAAAAGGCGAUCCGUAUUUGGGAGCAAGGUCGUGAAGUCGCAGAUGGCAAAAAGGACAAGAAAACUGCUGGCAUCAAGAGCGAUAAGCUGCGGCUGGCGGACCUCAGGAGUGGUGAGGUGUUGGUAUGGAGAGUUGUCGGGAGAGAUUACGUCGGAUGGUAG